AUGGAGAUGAACUGCGGCUUCAACACGCUGACGAUCGAACUGCGACCAGAGGCGGCGAAGAAGAGUCGAACUGUUCGGAUUGUCCAGUAUCCGGAUUGGCCGGAAAAAGCUGUGCCCAGCAGCUAUAGAGAUCCUUCGGUUGCUGCGCGUCAUCGGCGACCCGGACGUGCUGAACCCGGGGCUGACUGUGAUGCAUUGCCUGGCUGGCAUCGGCCGCACCGUACCAUGAUUCUCACCCUAUGGACCCUCAACCGGCUGUACGCCGGCGAGAACGUGCAGAUGUUCGAUCUACUGCGCCAACUGCGUGAUCAGCGGGCCAUGGCCGUGCAAAACGAGCGCCAGCUCAUGCUCGUCUACCUGUGCUGCCUGGAGUAUAUCACGAGAAAGGGAUCCGUUGAUGAGCACGAUACUCGGGACGGCAUGGACAAGUCGAUCCUCAUGUUGUGCGAGUUGGUCGAGCAGAACAAGCCCAAGUGCACCAAGUACUGCCCGGAUGAGGCCGGCCAGGAGAUGACCUUCCAAACCGCCGACCAGGGCCCAAUCACCGUGCGCUGCGAGCAGGACGCCGAUUUCAAGUUCCGCAAGGAGACGAAGGCGAAGAUUCGCGUGCGCACGCUCAAGGUCAACGGCCUCGGGCUCGAGGAGCCACUCACCGUCCGGCAUUACCAC